UGGAGUAGGGUUGAGUAACGUUAAUUGGUUCAUCCAAGACAUAACGUUUUAAUCUAUACUCGUUAUUGCUAGUUUGCAUCAACAAUUUUCGUCCACAUAUAUAUAUAUAUAUAUACUUGGUAUAUCAUUAUAGUCCUCCAUAUUUGCAUAACACAAAACUCAAUAUACAUAAUAGUCAUGACUUUUGGGAAGGAAGCUCCUCCAUUGCCAAAAUACGAGCGUAUAGCUCUAAAACAUGUUCCUACUACGGUAAGAAGACGAUACGAUCGAGAUCUUGAUAACAACCUCCUCAAUGCAACGAAAGGCGGAGUUGAAGAUGCAAAAUUUACAAGCAUUGUGGAUGCUAAUGCUGAAGAAAAAAUCGAGUACAAUGGAUUUGCAAAAUUUGAUAAUGAUCAAGGCUUCCAAUCAGAAGACAAUGAAAGAGACUAUAAUAAUGGUGCGAAAGAUGUCAAUCCUGAUGGUCUCAGUGAUGUGAAAUUUUUCGUUGAUGAUAAAGUUGAGGAUAAAUCUUAUGCACAUUUCGACAAUGAACACGAAACACAAACUUAUACAUAUGAAUUUGGAUAUAGUGAUUUUGGAAAAAAUGCAAAAAAUUCUAAAAGUAAAAGUGGAGCAGCGGAGGAAGUAACUUUCGCUAGCAUUAUGGAUGAUGAUGUCGAAGAUAAAAUUGAGUACAAUGGACAUGCAAAAUUUGACAAUGAUUCAGGCUUGUUAUCGGAAGAUGAUGCAAGUAAAGAUGAAGAUGGAGCUGAAGAUGACAACACUGCUAGUGUUAGUUACCUGAAUGAUUUUGUUGAUGAUGAAGAAGAGGAUAAAUCGCAUGCGCAAUUAAAGAAUGAACAUGACACACAAAAUUAUACAUAUGAAUUUGGAUACAAUGAUUUCGGAAAAAAUACAAGUUUUCCAUUAGAAGACGGUAAAAGAAGAGGUGAUGAUACAGCUCAAGAUAAGCAUGCUAGUGUUAGUGAUGUGGGUGAGUUUGUUGAUGAUCAAUCAUAUGCACAUUUCAACGAUGAACGCAAUACACAAAAUUACACAUAUGCGUUUGGAUAUAGUGAUUUUGGACAAAGUGCGAGUAUGCAUUCAGAAGAUAGCAAAAGAGAAAGUGAAAGAGUCGUAGAUGUUAAUCUGGAUGCUACUUUCGAAGAAAGAACUCUACAUAUAGUAGAAGAUAAAAGAAUUGAAGAGAAUAGAGGCAACGAUGUAGAUAACGCCGAUGAUUACGUGGAUGAUAGUUUCAAGGACGUAGCUGAGGACAACAAUCACAGAAAUUGUGACAAUAAACAAGAUAUAAAAGUGGAAGAAAUCAAGAUCGAAGAAAAUGAAACUAAAGAUGAAAAUGUUGCAAGUGAUUAUAUGGAUGAUAGUGUCCAAGAAGUCAAGGAAAAUGAUCAUGAAAACUUUGUCGGUAAACUAGAUAUGCCAGUGGAAGACAGAAAAAGAGAAGAUGAUCAAACUAAAGAUGUAAAUGUUGUUAAUGAUAAUGUGGAUGAUAUUGUCAAAGGCAAAGACGAGGACAAUGGUUAUGUAAAAUCUUACAAAAAACAAGACAGCAAAAGCGAAUGUGGUGGAACUAAUGAUCCAAAUGUUUCUAGCGAAUGCGUGGAUGAUAGUAUCGAAAGUGAAGUCGAGGACAAGGAGCAUGGAAACUGUGAUGAUAAAGAAGAUAUCCAACUAGAAGAAACCAAAUUUAAAAGUCAUGGAAAUAGUGAUGCAAAUGUUGCCAGUAAUUGUGUGGAUGAUACUAUCGAAGGUGAAUUCGAGGACAAACCGCAUGAACACUUUGACGAUAUACAAGAUAUCCAACCAGAAGACAACAAAAGUGAAGGUGAUGUAACGAAUGAUGCAAAUACUACUAGCAAUUGUGUGAAUGAUAUUAUCGAAGAUGAACUCAAAGACAAGGACUAUGAAAACUUUGAUGAUAUACAAGAUAUCCAACAAAGUAAAAACAAAAGCGAAGAUGAUGGAACUAGUAAUACAAGUGUUGUUAGCAAUUUUAUGAAUGGUAGUAUUGAAGGUGAAGUCGAGGACAAGGAGCACAUAAACUUCGUAGAUAUACAAGAUAUCCAUCCAGAAGAAAUAAAGAACGAUGGUGAUGAAACUAAUGACGCAAAUGUUGCUAGAGUUUUUGUGGAUGAUAGCAAUGAAGGUGAAUUCGAUGACAAGGAACAUGAAAACUCCGACGAUGUAAAGGAUAUCCAACUAGAAGAGAAAAAAAUUGAAGGUCUUGAAACUAGUGAUGCAACUGUUGCCAGCGAAUGUGUGGAUGAUAGUAAUGAAUGCAUAAUCAAGGACAAGGAGCAUGAAAAGUUUAUAGAUAUACAAGAUAUGCAACAAGAAGACAACAAAAGUGAUGGUGGUGGAAAUAGUGAUACAAAUGUUGCUAGCAAUUGUGUGGGUGAUAGUAUCGAAGACGAAGUCGAGGACAAGCAACAUGAAAACUCCAAUGAUAAAGAUGAUAUCCAACUAAAAGACAACAAAAGCGAAGGUGGUGGAACAAGUGAUACAAAUGUUGUUAGCGAUUUUGUGGAUGAUAGUAUUGAAGGUGAAGUCAAGGACAAAGAGCAUGUAAACUCCGUAGAUAUACAAGAUAUCCAACAAGAAGACAACAAAGACGACUGUAAUGAAACAAGUGACAUAAAUGUAGCUAGAGAUUUUGUGGAUGAUAGCAUCGAAGGAAAAGUCGAGGAUAAGGAUUAUGAAAACUCCAACGAUAUACAAGAUAUCCAACAAGAAAACAAUAAAAGCGAAGGACAUGUAACUAGUGACGCAAAUAUUGUCAACGAUUGUGUGGAUGAUGGUACUAAAGGUGAAAUAGAGGACAUGGAUCAUGAAAACUUUAUAGAUAUACAAGAUAUCCAAUUAGAAGACAACAAAAGCGACGAUGAUGAAACUAGUGAUACUAAUGUUGCUAGCGAUUGUGUGGAUGAUAACAUCGAACGCGAAAUCGAGGACAAGAAGCAUGGAAACUCCGAAGAUAUACAAGACAUCCAACUAGAAGACAACAAAAGCGAUGGUGGUGAAGCUACUGAUGAAAAUGUUGCUAGCGAUUAUGUAAUUGGUAGUAUUGAAGUUGAAGAUAUACAAGAUAUUCAAGUAGAAGACAAUAAAAGCGAAGGGCAUGAAAGUAGUGGGGUAAAUGUUUCUAGCGAUUGUGUGGAUGAUAUACUUGAAGGUGAAGUUGAGGAUAAAGAUCAUGAAUUCUUUUCUGAUGUACAAGAUACACAAGUGGAAGAAGACAAAAAUGAAGGCGAUGAUACUAAAGAUGCAUAUAUUGCUAGCUAUCCUGUGGAUAAUAGUGUUAAAGUUGAUGUUUUGGACACUGAACAUGAGAACUCUGAUGAUAUACAAGAUUUUUGCCCAAAAGCAUUCAAGAAAACUUUGGAACAAAAUGGUUAUGAUUUAUAUUGUCCUGAUUGCAAGGAUUAUGCCAUCGAUACAAUCAUGUUUAGAAAAAGAGAAGAUGAAGGCCAACAAACAACAUGCUAUUCCUUUCUACGUAAGAUUUCAUGUUCGUUGCAUUUGGUGGUAGUUCACUACUUCACUAGACUUGUAAAGGCUUAAACUUUGGCAGACAUUGGUAGAACAACUGUGAGGAGCUGGUCAUGAUAAAUAUAUGUAUACGGGCGAGCUAGGUCCACCGUAUAUAAAUUGUAGCAUUCUUCUUUGUAAGUAAAAAUUCUUAGUGUACUUAUAAAUAAAUAAUUCUUUCCCAAGUUUUGUUCGAUUUCUUAUGUACAUCUGGAUGUAUUCAUUAUUUUCAAAUAAUAACACAUAAUUAAGUUUUAGGGA